AUGAGCGAAAGAAAUGCAUCCUCCACAUCCUUCGUCGAAACGGUAGCCGGACUCACAGCCGGAGUCGUCUCAACACUGACUCUGCAUCCGUUGGACCUCAUCAAGACUCGCCUGCAAAUCGACCGUAUCUCUCGCUCCCGCGUCGGCGGCUCUCUUCGCAUAAUCGGCGACAUAUAUAAGACAGAAGGCGGACUCCCGGCUCUAUAUCGCGGAUUGACGCCGAACAUAAUCGGGAAUUCGACAAGCUGGAGUCUUUAUUUUCUGUUUUAUGGGAACAUCAAGGAUUUCCUCGCCCAGUCCCGGUCUCACUCGACGGAACUCCACCAUGAUGACGAUGGAAAAAAGCAUAGCCUAGGCGCAUCGCAGUACUUCCUUGCUUCGGGAACAGCAGGCCUACUAACCUCCAUCCUCACAAACCCGAUAUGGGUAAUCAAAACGCGAAUGCUGUCCACAGGGUCUCGCACACCAGGCGCAUACCCAUCAUUCGUCGCCGGAGCAAGCCAGAUUCUGCGCACAGAAGGUAUCCCGGGUUUCUACCGUGGUCUUGUGCCGGCUCUCUUUGGCGUUAGUCAUGGCGCUUUCCAGUUUAUGGCGUACGAGAAGCUGAAGAGUUAUCGCUCUCGAAGUCGCAAUACUUUCGCUACUACUGUCACUAGCACUCGUCGCGGUGAAAACAACGUCAAUAAUAUGGAAUUACUCCUUAUAUCAAGCCUAUCCAAAGUCUUCGCGGGCUGUAUUACAUACCCUUACCAAGUCUUGCGUACGCGACUACAACUGCAAGCAUACAAUGCGGAUGCGCCAGCAACAGCAACAACUACUUACCGCGGAGUAUGGGAUGCAACGCGGCAAAUAGGGGUUCAGGAGGGCAUACGGGGCUUCUACAAAGGGCUUGGACCGAAUUUGUUGCGUGUCUUGCCUAGUACUUGGGUUGUAUUUUUGGUUUAUGAAAAUACGAAGACGGCCUUGUAUAGAUUCGAGGAAUCGUGA